AUGUGGAAGCUAAAGGUGGCUAAUAGUGAAGGUCCGUUUAGCAAAUGGCUCUUCAGUACAAAUAAUUUCGUUGGAAGACAAAUUUGGGAGUUCGAUCCUGAUGCUGGUACUCUUGAAGAACGAGCUGAAGUCGAAAGGGCUCGCGAUGAGUUUUACAGAAACCGUUUUGAAGUUAAGCCCUGUGGGGAUGUUCUUUUGCGUCUACAGCAACUGAGAAACAACAAAGGAGAAUUCGACUUAAGUAUACCAACAGUAAAAUUAACUGACGACGAAGAUGUAACCUAUGAGGCAACAACAACUACCGUGAAGAGAGCCGUUCAAUUCUUUUCCGCCAUACAAUUGGAUGAUGGACAUUGGGGUGCUGAUUGUGCUGGUCCGUUGUAUUUCAUGCCACCCUUGGUAUUCGCAUUGUAUAUCACGGGAACUUUGCAUACUAUGUUAUCGACCGAGCAUAUAAAGGAGACUCUGCGUUACAUGUAUUGUCAUCAGAACGAAGAUGGGGGCUUUGGGUUUCAUAUUGAGGGUCAUAGUACCAUGUUUGGUACUACUCUGAACUACAUUUGCAUGCGGAUAUUAGGAUUAGGGCCCGAAGAUGGUCUUGACAAUGCUUGUUCAAGAGCAAGAAAUUGGAUUCUUGAUCUUUCUCUCAAAACCAAUUUCUGUCGCUUCUAA